AUGGCCUUUGCAAAACGUUCUAUAGACAAGGUGUCGAAAUCGCCAGUAGUCGCGCCUAAUUUUGACAAAUCCCUUUACAACAGGUGUUACAACUUUGCCAGUCUCACGUGCCUCCUUUGUUACAACCCCAGCAACUUGAUAGCGGGGCCGGAUGGCCGGCCCCUCUGCCCGUCUGAGGCUAUUUAUGAGUUGGCGCGGGAGUCUGCCCCUAAGCCUGCGUUUCUGUCAUAUACCAUUCGACUGAUCUCGCACUCUAAGGUCUCUCCACAUACCCUUACGCUGGCAUUACACUACAUCUAUCGUUUCCGUACUUUGCACGGCAAACUCGACAACUAUCACACCGGAUCGGAGUACAUUCUUCUCGUCACCGCGCUGAUGAUCGCCAACAAGCUGCACGAGGAUGUUAGUUAUACAACGCGGUCUUGGGCCACGAUGUCCCAGAUCCCUGCUGCAGAACUUACUCGUGCUGAAAAAACUUUCCUCUGUGUGCUAGACUACGACCUUGUUAUGUCCAAACAUAAAUGGAACCUGUGGCAGUACGACUUGACUGCGCUUCUCCGCCUUCAUGGCCAGUUCCGUACCCUGGCCUCACGCUCGAAUCUGCACAGCUUGCCACCCCAGAUGCAUCUCGGCAUUGCUGCAUCCCCCAUGGCUUGUGUGGCUAAGUAA